AUGUCGGAGGAAGGCGCUUGUGACGCGGACGAUCGGGAGUCGAUCCGCGAGCAGUACUUGGCCUACCGGAACAAGGUGAAGGCGUUCCUGGAGGAACCGAUGUUCGAACACCAACCGUCGACACAGGCCUCGGUCGUACCCGACGACGACGACGAUUCCCGUCCGACAAAUCUGCUGCGCGUCGACCGACUGGACAAGUCGGUCACGGCCGACCAACUUUACUCGGCGUUCAGCCGUUACGGCAAAGUGCAGUGGGUCCGCGUGUUUCCGGGCGGCUACAGCUGGACUUCCGGUUCCGUCUACCCUUACCAUUCGGCACGCAUCUGCUUCGAUCGUACCGAGUCCGUCGACCGGGUGUUGGCCGACCACCAAGGUACGGGUUGCACGAUAAAAGGCGUCCUGGUGAACUUCAGCAAGUCCAAACCAGGCCAAUGA